AUGGCCGGCCCCCGCGGGUAGUGGAGCCCGUUUGUUCCGCUCGCGUCGCGCCUCCAGCCCGAGCCCGUGAGGAGCGGAAGGGCCGAGGGACGCCCUCUCCGCGCCGCCCCCACUCCCGCGGCGCCGAGGCCGGGCCCCCGCCCUCGCGCUGAGAACUGGGCACCGAUGGAGGUGGCGGAGAGCCCCGGACGGGACCCUCGCUCUCCAGAGGACGCAGAGGAGGAGCAGCAGGGGCUCUCGGACGACGACGUUCUGAGGGAGAGCGGCUCGGAGCAGGAUGGGGAGGGCGCGGAGGGCGACGAGAGUGCCGGCCCGGGGCUGAGCCAGCAGCAGGAGGAGGGCCGCUCGGACGGGGAGGACCAGGACCAGGACUCUGAGGCCCGGCUGGGUCGGGGCCCGGCCAGCCCCCCGCGCGCGGAGGAGGGGGCCCCGGGGGAGGAGGACCGCACCAGUGACCUGCGGGACGAGGCCUCCUCGGUCACCAGGGAGCUGGACGAGCACGAGCUGGACUACGACGAGGAGGUGCCCGAGGAGCCGGCGUCCGCCGCGCAGGAGGACGAAGCUGAGAAGGCCGGGCCCGAGGACGAGGAGGACAGGGGAGAAGGUGCUGCGGGUGCUGGGGGCCCGGCGGCUGCCCCCAGCGGAGAGGACCAGGAGCCCCCGGAGGCGGGCAGGGAGAGGAAGCGGGAGGACGACGACGGGGAAAUUGACGACGGGGAGAUCGACGAUGACGAUCUGGAAGAGGGUGAAGUGAAGGACCCCAGUGACAGGAAGGUGAGGCCUCGUCCCACCUGCCGCUUCUUCAUGAAAGGCGUUGUGACACCAUUGUCCACUCUGCUUCCACCAAUACCAAAUUCCAUCCCCUUCAGAGGCCAGGUUAAAGGGAACUGUACCUGGGGAAUGAACUGUAGGUUUAUACACCCUGGCGUGAACGACAAGGGCAACUACUCCCUUAUCACCAAAGCCGAGCCUUUCCCGCCCAACGGUGCCCCGCCUCUCGGACCUCACCCACUGAUGCCUGCCAACCCUUGGGGUGGGCCAGUAGUUGAUGAAAUUUUGCCUCCACCCCCUCCAGAACCCCCAACAGAGAGUGCCUGGGAACGCGGACUCCGGCACGCGAAGGAGGUUCUUAAAAAAGCAACCAUCCGAAAGGAACAGGAGCCCGAUUUUGAGGAGAAAAGGUUCACAGUGACCAUCGGUGAAGACGAGCGGGAGUUUGACAAAGAAAAUGACAUUUUCCGAGAUUGGAACUAUCGCAUCACGAGGGACGUCAGAGACACAGCCCUGGAGCCGUACGCCGACCCCUACUACGACUACGAGAUCGAGCGCUUCUGGCGCGGCGGCCAGUACGAGAACUUCCGGGUGCAGUACACCGAGGCCGAGCCCUACCACAGCUACCGCGAGCGGGAGCGUGAGCGCGAGCGGGAGACCCGGCAGCGUGAGCGGGAGCGUGAGCGGGAGCGCGAGCGGGAGCGGGACCGCCGGCAGCGGGAGCGCGAGCGGGAGCGGGAGCGCGAGCGGGACAAGGACCGGCAGCGCAGGAAGGAGGAGUGGGAGAGAGAACGCGCCAAGCGGGACGAGAAGGACAGACAGCACCGCGACCGCGACCGGGACAAGGAGCGGGACAAGGAGAAGGAGAAGCCGAAGCCCCGCUCCCCGCAGCCACCCAGCCGUCAAGCUGAGCCACCAAAGAAGGAGGCCGCCUCUGCGGGGCCGCAGGUGAAGCGAGCGGAUGAGUGGAAGGACCCAUGGCGCCGGUCCAAGUCUCCCAAGAAGAAGCUGGGGGUGUCGGUCUCCCCUAGCCGGGCGCGAAGGCGUCGGAAGACGUCAGCCUCCUCGGCUUCUGCCUCCAAUUCCUCCAGGUCGUCGUCCCGGUCCUCGUCCUACUCCGGCUCGGGCUCGUCCCGGUCCCGCUCGCGCUCGUCGUCCUACAGCUCCUACUCCAGCCGCUCCUCCAGGCAUAGCUCCUUCUCGGGCAGCCGCUCCAGGUCCCGGUCCUUCUCCUCGUCCCCGUCCCCGUCCCCGACCCCGUCCCCGCACAGACCAGCCAUCCGCCAAGGGGAGCCGGCCCCACCACCUGGUAAAGCGGGAGAGAAGUCUGUGAAGAAGCCAGUUCCCCCUCCAGUUCCCCCACAGGCCCCGAAAACCACUGCUCCUGCCCCCGAGCCCACCAAGUCAGGAGACCCCCGGGAAGCCAGGAGGAAGGAGCGGCAAGCCCGGACCCCCCCCAGGAGGCGGACUGUCAGCGGCAGCGGCAGCGGCAGCAGCUACAGCGGCUCCAGCUCCAGGUCCAGGUCCCUGAGUGUGAGCAGCGUUUCCUCCGUGUCCAGCGCCACGUCCAGCAGCAGCACAGGGCACAGCGUGGACUCGGACGACAUGUACGCAGACCUGGCCAGCCCCGUGUCCUCCGCCAGCUCACGCUCCCCCACCCCCGCCCAGACCAAGAAGGAGAAAGGCAAAUCUAAGAAAGAAGAUGGCGUCCGGGAGGAGAAGCGGAGAAGGGACCCGUCGGCACAGGCGGCCAGACCCUCGAAGCCUUCCGCGGGCGCGAAGGCCUCCCAGCAGUCUUCGGCGCCCCAGCAGGCGGCCCCGGGGCAGCCCCCGCAGGGCACCUUCGUCGCCCACAAGGAAAUCAAGUUGACGCUGUUGAACAAGGCGGCCGAGAAGGGGGGCAGGAAGCGGUAUGAGCCCUCGGACAAGGACCGGCAGAGCCCGCCCCCGGCCAAGCGGGCCAACCUGUCCCCAGAGCGAGGUUCUCGGGACCGGAAGUCCAGCGGGAGGCUCGGCUCCCCGAAGCCAGAGCGGCAGAGAGGCCAGAAUUCCAAGGCUGCUGUGGCCCCUCCAGACAGGAAGCGCCAGCAGUCCCCGCAGUCCAGGAGCUCCAGCAAGGUCACCAGCGUGCCCGGCAAGGCCCCGGACGCCGGCUCGGCCGCCGCCAGCGGCGCCAAGCCGGGCAAGGCCAGCACGCUGUCGCGGCGCGAGGAGCUCCUGAAGCAGCUCCGGGCCGUGGAGGACGCCAUCGCGCGCAAGCGGGCCAAGAUCCCCGGGAAGGUGUAGCCGCCGCGCCCCGCAGAGACUCGCGUGUUUUUAUAAAUAGGGUGAUAAGCGCAGCCAUUUCGGAUUUUGCAGUUCAUGUCUCAUGUUGGCUGUGAUUCUUUUUAAAAAUUAAAAAGAAAAAAAAAGUUUCUCAGCUGGAAAAGAAGCCACACGUAGUGAAGACGAUGCCGAAUCCCAGCCUCCCCGACCGGACCGGACCGGACCCGCGCUGCAGUCCCGGGGACGCGAGGACGCCCGACGCC